UGGAAUGGCCCAGGGCACUACCAUGCCCAAACUGAACUUUGAAUAUUGGUUGGAUAAAGCUAUUGAAUGGGGUCAAGCCACCACGCUGGAAUCCCAGAAGGAUGUGUGCCUUCACCUGCCCCAGCUCCAGAAGUUUCUACAUCAGAUUUAUGAAAUUUUAAAACGUAUGGAUUCUAUUGUAGCAAUCCAGCAGUUCCCUUUAAUUGGCCAGCUUCUAGGAAGGCUUUGUUGGAAUCCUUUUGUUAUAGGAAAUGAUGAAAGCCAGAAGACUCUGAUGUGGUGCUUAUGUUGUCUAUACAGCAGUGAACCACAGAACCCUGUGGAAUUGAAGGCCAACAGCUGGAUACGGAGUUUGUUGUGCCAUCUUCUUUCUUCUUCUAAGUGGGAAAGUAAUGAAGCUGAAACCAGUACAUUCAUAUCAACUCUUGGCUACACAUCAGCAGAUUAUUACUGUCACUUAGUUAAAAAUAUGGUCUUUCCAUUAGUAACAGAACUCAGAGGAAAUCAGUUCAAUGGACUUAACAUUCAGGGGAGAGUUUCAGCCAGUCGUGUGAAUGCUGUGUCCCUUUUCUGUCUCCCUCUCAUUACUUUGCCUGAUCUAACUCCAUUGCUGGAAACUCUCCUUCUUUACCAUGGAGGUGCUUCAAAAGAAAUUCUCAGUUCAGAGUUUCUGGAGGCUGUGAAUGAGGCCUUUCUAAAGAAGAAGAUCUCCCUCCCUCCCUCAGCUGCCUUCAGCCUCUGGCUUCGUCACUUACCAAGCCUUGAAAAAGCUACCUUAUAUCUUUUAGACCAGCUGGUUACCAUUCAGUUCAAUUCAUUGGAAGAAGUGGCUUGUGUCAUAAAAGACUCCUUACUGCCACAAGCAGCAAGCCAUCCUGCCAUUUUCAGAAUUGUUAAUGAAAUUUUCAAGAAUGCACUGCUGGAAACUGAUGGAACUCCAGAAGUUAUGACCAUAAUACAGGUGUUUACACAGCUCUUCCUUCAGGCUCAUCAGAAUGAAAACAAGCGUAAGUUUCCACUGAAGGCCUACUUCCCUUACCAUCACCAGCCUCUUCUAACAGCUUUACUCAGACGUCCUUUUGAACUGCGUACUACACACUGGUCUCAACACUUGAAACACAUUUCGGAUAUGCUCAAAGCAUUAGUAGAAGAUACAAACAUUAGUUCUCUUGCUGACCUUUUUGAAAUCUGGUUUUUGGUUGCUCGUUUUGGAGAAUGGCUGGAUAUUGCAGCAGAACAAUUACUGAAGGCUGCUGUAGAACCAGAUGCUUUGCUGUGGCUGCUAGCAUUUUACUACUGUCCUCAGAAUGAAAAUCAACAAAGGACUCAAACAAUGGUAGAAGCUCAAGCAGUCUACAACCAUCUAAUGAUGCUCUUCAGCUGUACAGUCCUUUCUGUCAAAGAUCUGGAGGCUGCUGUACACAGUAUAACGGAUAUAGAGCAGCGUUGUAACCAGCAUCUUAUAACCCACCUUCUUACCAACUUUUUGCUCUUUUCUUCUGGUGGACAUAUGAUUGCCCAGGAAUUUAUUUACCAUAUUACUGAGACAACUGAUAGAAGCAAAGAAGUUUGUAGCCUUCUCAUCCGUAGUGCAUACAGAAUUAAACACAAUGGAGAAGAAAACCAAAGGACUGUGAAGCUGCUGAAUGAACUUCUUCAAAAACUAACAUCGAAAGUUUAGAUUUUUGAUGUCAUCUAUUUAUCAAGCCAACAAAUCAGAUCUUUAUCCAGGUGUCAGACUUUCAUUAAUGUCUUGCACUGCAGUUUACCAAGGGUAGAAAAAUAUCUAUGUAAGCAUAUCCCACAGCUUUUUAUUCCCUCAUAUAUAUUUGAAAAUAAUCCUUGGUUUGGAAGUGUUAACCUUUUAGAACAUAACAGUAAAUAUUAAAGAUGGUUGAAAAUUUUGUUCUUGGCACCUUCUUUAACAAGAGACCUACAUCUUGUUAAAGCAGUUCACUCAUCUCCUUGUUGUUCAUCUGGCUGUGGAUCAGUUUUUCUCUCAAAUUACACAUGGUUUUAUUAACAAAUAGAAUCCAAUUGCUUGGUUGGUAAGUUGUUCCUAAGAUGUUUUGUUCUAUAAUUCUGCUUUUAUGAAACUACUGAUGAUCUCAAGUGAGAAUUAGUGAUUCACGGUGAAUGUUCUCAGGAAAUCAACAAUGUUUUCUGAACUCUUUAGUUCUUUUUGAAAAUGUUUCCAAAAUGAAACUCCUCUCAAAUUUGCUAAAUGAUUUUUUUCAGUACUGCAGCUUUCAGAGGACAAUGUUCUCUGCAAAGUAUAAUACCAAUAGCUGGUCUCUGUCAAUAGAUACUGCAGGUGGAAGGUUGCUUGUAGUACAGCCUAUUUUCAGUGUUCCAUGACUGAUACUGUUGUUUAUUUGUUUAAGAAAUCUUUUUUUCACUCAGAAAAAACAGGGCAAGCACAACAUAGGCAUAAGGAAACUUUCCAGUUUGAGGGCCAAAUUUCCUAAAGAGAGCAUAUGGUUGCAACUCAUCUCCUUCCUUUUGGUGUCCAGAGGUAGUUUGCUUGCUUCUUUGUUUAGGUUUUUUGUCUCAUGCAAAGAGCAUGGACAGGGAGCGAUGGCUUACUGUUUUGCCCUUAGGAAAGUAUUUGUCCCAAGAAGUUUUGUGAACCUGUUUCUAGCUUAACUAGAAAAAUAAGCAUGGAGAACAUUAAUGGCAGACGAUCUUAACUCUUUUCAGUAAUUUGUUCUCCUAUAUUUCCUAGCUUUAAUGUCAGGACUUGCGCUAUGUUCAAAGAUGCUACUUGGAGUACUAUUCUUGCAUAUAAAAUCAGAGGAAUGUAUCUUAAAUUAACACUUUCUGAAUGUAGUAUUUGUUUUUGAGCAAGGGAAAAGAAAAACAAUAUACUUAGUGUCCCUUGGCUGUUAAGAAGUGGAAGGAUAUUUUUGUCGACUGAUUUCAUAUAAUUUUGUUCCCAGUGAGUCAUAUGAGACCAAAUCACAGAAGUUACCUGUCCUCUCAGUCAGUUUGUUAAUGUUUGUAAUACUUGAUUCCAGUACAUGAAGAAAUAGUAAAUAUGUAAUGUAUGUCUGUGAAGAAAGGGUUUUUUUUUCUCUUUUUGGAUUCAAAAUACUUCUGAAUGAAAAAUCAGAAAGAUAUGUUGCAAUUUUUCAGUUGUUAGUAGCCACACAUAUCUAAAAAAGGAAAAUCAAGCAACCCAGUUUUCUAUUCCCUGAAUAUCAUACCUGAAAAGCAUGGGAUUAAACUAAAUCAUUUGUUGAUCACAAACUCUGAGGUAUUUGUCUAGUGGGAACAUGUGUGGAGUGCUCUACCUAGAAUGAGAAAUAAUCUAAAAUUUGUGUCCAAAGGAAGAAUGAUUUUUUUUUUUUUUUUGCCUUAAUUUCUAAUCCUGUUGUUGGAUGUGAGAUUCUUUGGUUGUCCUUAAAUUCUCUCCACAUUACAACUAUAUGUAAUUUUAACUACUUAAAUGAAAGAUUGGCAGAGUUGCAAUAUAUGAUUCUUGAAGUUUUGUUAGGUGAAUGAUAUGGGUAUUAUAUGUGUAUUACAGUUGUUGGAGUUUAAUUUGUAACCAUCCUUUCACAGUGCAGUCAUUUUUUUUUUCCACCAACAAAGCACAUGAAGAUUCUUCUAACUUUCUUAAACAAAAUCAAUGUCCUGUUAAAUAAUGAUAAGUCAAUUCAAGCAUGAAGGAAAUGCGUAGUGAAGGCAGAAAGAACAAAAUUUGUAGUGAAUUGGUACAUUCUUGUUUUCCUGUGUUUGGCUUCUUAACAAACACUGCAAGAUUUAAAUAUUACAAGGAAGGAGGGUUUGCUAGUUUCAGGAGACUUUAAGGAAGAAACCUAACUGAUGCUGUCUGUAACUUUAAAAAGAUACAUCUGUACUGGCAUUCUUUUUGCUUUAUUUAGCAUUUUUAUAAAUAUUUGGUAUUUUUUCCUUGCGCUUUCACAGUGCUUGAAUUAUGAUCUAACUUUGAUAUAAACCAUGAUUUUGUGGCACGUUGAAGCUACUUUUUUUAGCUUGCCAGUGGAAGGCAACACUGUGAUUUGGUAGAUCUGAGUCAUGGAAGAUUUCUCAUAUGGUGCCUCCUGCAUUAUCCAUCUAACGUGCAUCUUCUCCUCUGUAAUCACUGCUUUCUGGAAAAGUUCUUUGGAGCCUUCAGGGCCAUACUUUCAUGCAGAACCAGCCAAUGAGUCCUGAAAUCAGGCUUCAAGUAGCUUGUUCCCUUCCAUCCAAUCUCCAUGUCAGCAAACACCCUAAUCUUGGACAUUAUACUGAAUAUAGAGAGCUUUUCAAAAUUUUUCUGCUUCCAGGAGUUUUUUUGAAUAAGAAUACAAACAGUAAAUUUCAUUUGUUUUUUGAUGAUGCUUCUUUUCAGUUUAAGACUGCUAGCUUUUUCAAUUCUGCAAGCUUUCCAGCAUGGGGCUGAGUGGUUUCUGUGCAUUUUCUUCAGAAAAAAGCCACUUCUGUGGCUUUCAUUCAGCCACGAUGUUAGUGCAUAUAGAAAGCAGAAUACAUUUUAUUUUGUGAGGUAUGGUAAGAACAGGUAUGUUACCAGGUGUUGGAAUUUAGCUGACCAGCAGUAACAUGUUAAUCUGUUACUUCUGGGAUUUGUGAUGAAGUUUCCAUACUCACAGCAUUGUAAGUGCAAAGAGGCAUUAAUAGAAAGUCAUACUGAAGAUGCAAGUGAGUUAAUAUUAGUUUUGGUAAGUUAGAAUUCAUGCCAUAGUGGUAGAUGUUUGGCUUGGUUUUGGGGGAUACAAUCUAUUAUACAAGUUUAGGAUGAAACAUCUAGCAAAAAUGACUUGCAAUUAUUAAACCAAACACUACUAAAACAGGUUUGCUCCAUUUCUUCGCUGUAUUAUCCAA